AUGGUCGUCGCCAAUCCCAACUACAAGCGUCUCCCCUUGCCAGCGUCUGGCUUCGGAACCUUCGCGGACUUCUACCCAUUCUACCUUGGGGAGCAUGCGAAUCGGACAUGCCGGCGCCUGCACAUCCUGGGCACCACCAUCGUCCUGGCCCUCGACACCCUGGCGCUGCUGACCCUGAGCCUCAAAGUGCUCCCCUUCGUGCCUCUGAUUGGCUACGGCUUUGCAUGGACAGGCCACUUCUUCUUCGAGCACAACCGCCCGGCGACCUUUAAGCAUCCCAUGUAUAGCCUCAUGGGCGAUCUCAGGCUGUGGUGGGAGGUCGUGACGAGGCAGCGACCUCUGUGA